AUGUGUCUGGAAGUGCUUGGUCGCCGCGUGGCUCGUCUCGAAGUUCAAGUUGAUGGCGAUGUGAAACACCAGUUGCGCCAGUUGAAACAGCGCGCCGACAGCGCCGUCGCCGCCCACAGCUGGGUGAUGAAGCUUAUCGCGAUUGACGACGCCCUCCCCCAGAUGCUGGUGGCGGCGCUGGCGCCGCCCCUAGAGGAGAUGGAACGCGUCGUCACCAUAAAGACCAAUACCAUAGAACGGGCGUGCGCUCUAGCUAGCCAAUUGGCGCUGUUUGAUAUUGAUGGUUUGUUAGCGGGGUUUGCUGACCAUGAUUAUGGCCUGGAAGUGGCGGGGUUUCGUCAGCGCCAGGAGCGCAUAUUGGCAGUCGCCGCCCGUUUCCACGCGUUACAGUUGAAACAAGUGUUGCUUCUCGAACGGUACACUCGUUUUAUCUUAAUGCAGAAUCAGUUCUGGAUCGAUGUGAGAAAUGGGAAGUAUUGA